AUGGCUGAUCAGCCAGCCAGUCUACAUGAACCUUCACCCUUGGACGUUCUCCGCUACCGUUAUCAACAUGGCACCAACUUCGGUUCCAUAUUCGUUCUAGAGAAGUGGCUCACUGGAAGCAUGUACCAAGACGGCUCCGACUCAGCCGAGCUUGCGGCUGUCACUGGCAACAUCAAAGCGAUGGGCCUCGAUGCGGCCAGGCAGAAGUUCGAGAAUCAUUGGGAGACCUACAUCAGUGAUUCAGAUAUGGAUUGGCUCGCCAGUCAAGCUCAUUGUACAUCUGUUCGUCUACCCAUCGGAUACUUCACCCUGGGCCCGGCAUAUUGCGCCAACACACCCUUCGAGUCAUCCGCUGCAAUCUAUCAGAACGCUUGGCCUGCCGUCAAGCGUCUUGUUGGCCGCCUGACUGCCAGAGGUAUUGGCACUCUUCUUGACUUGCACGCUUUGCCCGGUGGUGCAAACGGAGGUGACCAUUCAGGAACCAACAGCGGCAAAGCCGAACUAUGGAAGUCGAAGAAGAACCUGGACCUCGCUACCCGCUGUCUGCUGUUCAUUGCUCAUGAGGCGAGAUCAAUGGACGGCGUCAUUGGCCUGCAGCUCAUCAACGAGGCUGACUGGGAUGCACCUGGAAUGUAUGGCUGGUACGAUUCGGUCAUUGGUCAGAUCGGUGGCAUUGACAAUACUGUUCCCCUUUACAUCUCGGACGCGUGGAACUUGGGUACAGCAGUUGGCUACACCAACGGCAAGAACAGUCUGCACGCUGGUCGCGCAAAUCCAGUUGUCAUCGAUACUCAUCUGUACUGGGCUUUCUCAGACGACGACAAGAAGAAGAACCCCAGUCAGAUUGCCAACGAGGCCAGGUCGAAGUUAAGUGAGCUAGAUGGUCAUGAUGGCAACGUUGUGGACAACGGUGCCGCACAGGUAGUCGUCGGCGAAUACAGCUGCGUCAUGACCGAAGAUUCAUGGGCCAAGGCCGCUGCUCAGGAGAAGGAGAAUCUGGUGCGCGAGUUUGGACAAGCGCAGACUCAAAGAUACCAGCAGAGGACUGGCGGAAGCUACUUCUGGACAUACCGCAUGGACUGGAUGGAUGGUGGCGAGUGGGGCUUCAAGCAACAGACCAACAACGGAGCCAUCACAGCCCCUAAGAAUCUUACUCUUUCCAACGACGACGUCCAGGCUCGUACCGGGCACGCACAGUCUCAGGCAGAUGCCAAGUUCGGACAGAGCUUCGGCAGCCAUUGCAACUACUGGGAUUCCAACCAUCCUGGCGACUAUGAGCACUGGCGAUAUGAGAGUGGAUGGAAGCUCGGAUUCAACGAUGCAAUGACAUUCUUCGGCGCAAGAGCCAAUGGUCGUCUUCCUGGCACUGGAGGCGACAAGAUUGGUAUGCUGGAUAUCUGGACCAAGAAGAGAAUCAUUGAGAGCGGACAAGCAGGCAAACUGUUGUGGGAGUUUGAGCAAGGAUUCAGACAGGGCAUUCGUGACUUCUAUGAGCUUGCUGGAAUCUAA